UUAAAAAUUGCAUUAAGCGACGCGUUUUGGACCUAAGCAGAUUAAUCGUCGAUAUUACGUGAAAGCCAGGCCUUAAAACCAAUAUGUCCCCAAUGAAGAAUAAUAUCUUCACCAAAUCCCAUGGCUUCGUGCCGGAGUUGUCUCAACACGAAAUAGACAAAAUAAUUAAAGACGUCAUCGCCAAAGUGCAUCAAGAUUUCAUAGAUGAUGGUGCCGGCGAGGAGGCGCUGCAGCGCUUGCUACACACUUGGUACUCCAAGAUGAUGACCCGCCGGUCGCCCCUUGAUCUGGCACCAGAGAUUCCACCAUCUAAUGAUAAGGACAAUAACUCAGCAGCAGGCUCAAGCUCAUCCAGUGCUGUUUCCUUUCCACCGAAACAGGAAGAAACAAGGAGUCUGUUCGCCAGCUUAACCCUGAGACCACGAAAGAUCUCAUAAUGAAGGAGUCACCUAAUAAUAAGAUGAACACCGCUAACUGGAAGAUAAGAGCCUACUUGUGGCUUCUUUACAGCUCCAGAAUGAUGUAGAUGUACUU